AUGGAGAAGCCAACUGUAGAUGGUCAAGCUUUUUGGAUUGGAGAGCUCGCAGAGACAAGAGAAGAAGUGCUGGAUGAACUCCUUCUUAUUGAUCCCUUGGAGCUAGCUUUGACAAAGGCUGAGAAUGAGUAUGGAUACAUGGAAAGAGAAGCUCAAUGCUUAGUCAAGUUCAUGGAUUCCAAGGAAGCUUAUAAAGAGCUGAUAGCUUAUAUGGACUUAGAGAGAGAAGAGGAAGAGCCAGACAUUGACAAGGUCAGGAAAUAUCACAAACCAAAGUUAAGAAUCUCACCUGAACUAUGCACACAUCGCAUCAUCCUGGAGGAUGAGUCUAGUUCUUCAAUUGAACACCAAAGGAGGCUAAACCCAAACCUAAAGGAAGUUGUCAAGAAGGAGAUAAUGAAGCUAUUGAAAGCUGGAGUGAUUUAUCCAAUAUCAGAUAGUGCAUGGGUCAGCCCUGUACAUGUCGUGCCAAAGAAAGGAGGGAUCACAGUCAUCAAGAAUGAACAUGAUGAGCUCAUUCCAACAAGGACAAUCACUGGACACAGAAUGUGUGUCGACUACAGGAAACUGAACUCCUCCACGCGCAAGGACCACUACCCCUUGCCAUUCAUAGACCAGAUGCUUGAGCGCCUUGCCAAUCAUCAAUACUACUGUUUCUUGGAUGGAUACUCAGGAUUUUUCCAAAUUCCAAUCCACCCAGAUGAUCAGGAGAAGACUACAUUCACUUGUCCCUAUGGCACAUAUGCUUAUAGGAGAAUGCCUUUUGGAUUGUGCAAUGCUCCAGCUACAUUCCAAAGAGUGCUACAGAGAUGUGAAGACAAGCACCUAGUUCUAAAUUGGGAGAAGUGCCAUUUUAUGGUUAGAGAUGGAAUAGUGCUUGGACAUAGAAUCUCAGAGAGAGGCAUAGAAGUUGACAAGGCCAAGAUUGAAGUAAUGACAAACCUUCAGCCGCCCAAGACAGUUAAAGAUAUCAGAAGCUUCCUAGGACAUGCUGGAUUCUACAGGAGGUUCAUUAAAGAUUUCUCACAGAUAGCAAGGCCGCUAACACGCCUAUUAUGCAAGGAUAUUAACUUUGAGUUCACAGAGGAGUGUCACAAGGCUUUCACUAAGAUCAAAGAUGCAUUGGUCAGUGCGCCAGUGGUUCAACCUCCAAACUGGGAACUACCUUUUGAGAUAAUGUGUGAUGCAAGUGAUUAUGCAGUAGGAGCAGUGCUUGGACAAAGAAAAGACAAGAAGCUACAUGUGAUCUACUAUGCCAGCAGAACACUUGAUGAGGCACAAUGCAAGUAUGCCACAACAGAAAAGGAGCUUCUUGCUAUUGUCUUUGCAUUUGAGAAAUUUCGAUCAUACUUGGUGGGAUCGAAAGUUAUAGUUCAUCUGAUCAUGCAGCAUUAA